UUGUUUAUUUAAUUAAAAAAAAAAAAACCACAUUACUUUUCUAACCCAGUUUAGAACUAAUCUAUGAAAUUGAGUAUUAAAUGAACAUCAUAUUGGAGUUGAACGUCUUGGGCUUGCUUAGUUUUUAAUUUUUAUCCCAUUUGCUUGAGCCAGUGAAUAUUAUUUAAUACACAAAAUACUUCAAGUUCUGAAAUGUUAAGAAAGUCUUUGCGAUAUUGCUUUUUGAGAUCACGUUGGAUUAAAAUGCUUUUCUGUUGUUCUCUGCUAUGUAGAUUCCUUUGCUUUGGGGGAAGAAAUAGUAAACUGUCUGGAAUCCAGUAUUCAAACUUAUAUGAGAAGAUUAUUCUAGUUAAGAAGCUAGAUUGUUGUGUAAUUAAUUCCACUGUGAAACUUUAUUCUUCAAAACAUUCAGCAGCACUACUGAAACAUACAGCUGUAGUGCUUUUGAAACCGAAGGCUUUUUAAGAAGGGGAAAGGGAAAAGGAAAAAAAAAAAAACUUUUGUCCCCAGGAGAAUAGUUUGACUGGUUUUCUCAUUUCUCUUUCAAAUAUAUAUUUAAGAGAUCUUUUAUUUCAGCAUAACAAUAAUUAUUUGCAGGAGUUUUUGUGUUAGUGACUAAUUUAGAACUUGUAGAUUUGAGCUGCUUGAAUUGGCCAGACAGCUGUAAUCGCACUCCUCUAUUCUUAAUCUCUUUAUCUGGGCAGCAGCUGCCAUAUGGCCACAGUCAGCUGGAUCAGAUGUUUAUAAGCUUCCUUCUUCGUCCCUCUCUGUCCUCUCAGCCUCCUAAUUUGAUCACGGCUACCUUGUGAGCUGCCCUCCAAUCUUUAUUUUUAGCCCUCUCAAGGAUUAGGAUUGAUGUUAGCUGUGGGGCACUUAAAGUGAUUGUAUUGUAAAUCUUCGUUUAUUCUCGCAGUGGCAUCUUGCAAGAUGUUAUUUGGUCUUAGGAUGAAAGUUUUAGUCCAUGUUGGGCAAAGUGUAGAAGGAGCAGGGAGGUAAUUUAUGAAUAUUAAAUGAAUCUGUGUCAUUCCCAGAAUGCCCUCUCUUGAGUUGGAUGGUGUGGAGCCUUGCUUCUGCUCAUAGAUAGGAAAGGGGAAGUUGGGAUUUCUUUAAUUUUGAGGAGGUGGAUUUGACCCUUUGUAAAUCAUCGCCUGUCCUCUCUCUUGCCUUCAUCUUCACUCAUCAGAAAACAAGGGCAGCAAUACAUACUUAAAAGAAUAGAUGAACCUAGUGGGAAACCAAAUUAUAUCAAGUUAUGUUGAAACAAAGUACUUUCUGUUGUCUGAGGUUAUGAAGACAGUAUGGAGUUUCCAGACCAUAGUAGACAUUUGCUGCAGUGUCUGAGUGAGCAGAGACAUCAGGGUUUUCUUUGUGACUGCACUGUUCUGGUGGGAGAUGCCCAGUUCCGAGCGCACCGAGCUGUACUGGCUUCAUGCAGCAUGUAUUUCCACCUCUUUUACAAGGACCAGCUGGACAAAAGAGACAUUGUUCAUCUGAACAGCGACAUUGUUACAGCCCCAGCUUUCGCUCUCCUGCUUGAAUUCAUGUAUGAAGGGAAACUCCAGUUCAAAGACUUGCCCAUUGAAGACGUGCUCGCAGCUGCCAGUUAUCUCCACAUGUAUGACAUUGUCAAAGUCUGCAAAAAGAAGCUGAAAGAGAAAGCCACCACAGAGGCAGACAGCACCAAAAAGGAAGAAGAUGCUUCAAGUUGUUCAGACAAAGUCGAGAGUCUCUCUGAUGGCAGCAGCCACAUGGCAGGCGAUCUGCCUAGUGAUGAAGAUGAAGGAGAAGAUGAAAAAUUGAGCAUCCUGCCCAGCAAAAGGGACUUGGCUGCUGAGCCUGGGAACAUGUGGAUGCGAUUGCCCUCAGACUCAGCAGGCAUCCCCCAGGCUGGCGGAGAGGCUGAGCCACACGCCACAGCAGCUGGAAAAACAGUAGCCAGUCCCUGCAGCUCAACAGAGUCUUUGUCCCAGAGGUCUGUCACCUCCGUGAGGGAUUCAGCAGAUGUUGACUGUGUGCUGGACCUGUCUGUCAAGUCCAGCCUUUCAGGAGUUGAAAAUCUGAACAGCUCUUAUUUCUCUUCACAGGACGUGCUGAGAAGCAACCUGGUGCAGGUGAAGGUGGAGAAAGAGGCCUCCUGUGAUGAGAGUGAUGUUGGCACUAAUGACUAUGACAUGGAACAUAGCACUGUGAAAGAAAGUGUGAGCACUAAUAACAGGGUACAGUAUGAGCCAGCCCAUCUGGCUCCUCUGAGGGAGGACUCGGUCUUGAGGGAGCUGGAGCGAGAGGACAAAGCCAGCGAUGAUGAGAUGAUGACCCCGGAGAAUGAGCGGGUCCAGGUGGAAGGGGGCAUGGAGAGCAGCCUGCUGCCUUAUGUCUCCAACAUCCUGAGCCCGGCUGGCCAGAUCUUCAUGUGCCCCCUGUGCAACAAGGUCUUCCCCAGCCCGCACAUCCUGCAGAUCCACCUCAGCACACACUUCCGAGAGCAAGACGGCCUUCGCAGCAAGCCUGCCGCUGAUGUCAAUGUCCCCACCUGCUCACUGUGUGGGAAGACUUUCUCCUGCAUGUACACCCUGAAGCGCCACGAGAGGACUCACUCGGGCGAGAAGCCCUACACAUGCACCCAGUGCGGCAAGAGCUUCCAGUACUCGCACAACCUGAGCCGCCAUGCUGUGGUGCACACCCGGGAGAAGCCACAUGCCUGCAAGUGGUGCGAGCGCAGGUUCACGCAGUCCGGAGACCUGUACAGACACAUCCGCAAGUUCCACUGUGAGUUGGUGAACUCCUUGUCUGUCAAAAGUGAAGCCCUGAGCUUGCCCACUGUCAGAGACUGGACCUUAGAAGAUAGCUCUCAAGAACUUUGGAAAUAAUUUUAUAUAUAUAUAAAUAUAAAUAAUAUAUCUAUACAUAUAUAUAAAUAGAUCUCUAUAUAGUUGUGGUACGGUCUAAAAGCAGUCUUGUUUCCUGGAACUAAAAAGUUGGGGAUAUUAACUUGUUUUUGCACUUUAGAAUAGCAUGAGAAUCUCACUAAUUUAGCAUUCUGAUAAAAGAAACUUUAGAGCAAGUCAGAGAAUAGAGAGGUGCUUUUCUUUUGAGGGGGUAGGGGAAGUACGCCAAUAAGAACCUUUGAAACAAAUCGUCCUAUCACAAAAUGCUUUCAUAUAGCUUAAUUCUGUCAACAGUGCAUUGUCUUUUGAUUUUUUUUCCCCCUUCCAUGUUUUUUUUACUGAAAGUAGAAAUUCCCUCCAGUUUUCUUAGCCUCUUUAUAUGUUUCAAAUUGCAUGAAUCUUUGCUGGCUGUUGGAAACCUGAAUGCUUUUAGACCCAAAUGGAAAAUUUCUGAAAUGCUGGAUUAUCUAUUUUUAAACAAGCAGUUGACUAAAAACUUUCUGUGGCAACUUCUGGUUUUCUGACGGUUCCCAAUGACAGAAAUUCUGAAAGUACACUGGGAUCACUGGGACCCUGUCUUUGUGAAGGUUUGCUUGGGAUGAAAAAGGAUAUUGCAGCUUCAGCAGUGUUGAACUGUGUGUUGAAAAUGUGAAUUACUGUUAUUGUAUACUGUAAUUGAUUACAUGGGCUGGGGGGGGUGUCAAAGAACUUGACAGGUUGUGUUGAUGCUCUUAGUUGAGUCUUGAAAAGUAAAUAUUAACGCUACAGAAAUGCAUGAGUUUCAAUAUUUUUUUGUCUUUGUUUGCAUUGUAUAACUUUAACGAGUGAGUUUAAAAAUUAUUUAAUUUCCUUAGAGAAAUAACACCACUUGGAAAAAAACUGGUGUUAUGAAGAACAUAAAUGCACUGUUUUUAUUUUUAUCUAAUUUAAAUUGACUUUCCCACUGUCCUUAAGUUGAAACUGUUAAGCUGAAUAAAAACUUAAGCUGCAAAUUGAUAACUUUGCUACAUAACAAGAAAAAUAGAAAUGUUUACAAACGGCUUAAAGAUUUGCAUGUGCAGUGUGCAUUUCUAACAAACUUCUAAUUGCACAAAACCCAUGCCAGCUCAAAGUUUAACUGUACACAUUUACCCAGUUGAGCAUUUUUAGAAUAACUACUGCACAAAUUGACAAUAGGUCAUUCUUUAAGAAAAAAAAUUUUUUUUUGCUCCCUUUUUCUUUUCCUUUACCCUUCCCCCUACUCCCCCCCCCCCUCAAUUCCUGAAAAGAUUCUAUGGACUGAAAAAAGCCCCAGGCUGAAAGGACUGGACUGCCUUGAUUGACAUGGGGAAGGGAAGGGGGUUAGUAGACUAUGUGUAUCUCUGCAGCAGAGGCUGCAGCCCAAUGUGUGGUUUUAAUGACCAGCACACAGGGCAAAAGCAUUUUGCACAGUGUUUGUUUUCCUGUCUUGCACUUACAAAUAAGGUCUAUGGGAGUAGCAUGGAAAACGUUUGCUGUUUUUCCCUUUUUUUUUUUUAAUUGCUUUUGUUUAAAAUUUGAUCGCCUUAACUACUGUAAACAUAGCCUAUUUUUGUGCUUAAGAUACUGAAUGGAAAACUCCAUUGUGUGUUGCUGGACUGUUUUGGAAAUAUUUGGUCAAAUGUGUGUUAAUUUGGCUGUAAUGGCAUUUAAAGCAAACAAACAAACAAACAAAAAAAGCUGUGAAAAUGGCCUUGGAGCAUUAUCUUUAGUUACUUGAAGAGUUCUAGUUUUUUUUUUUUAAAUACAGUUUAUGUUAAAAUAAUUUUUAUUAAUUUAGAAAAGACAAUCAAUGUCUGUGAGAAAACGGACUUUCUUUUGAAUUUUCAUUUUGUGGUCAUUGUGAAUGAUUGCUUUUUCCUUUUAUUAGUUUCACAUUCUUCCUUUGUUCUAAAACUUAGACUGACAUCUAGCUUUGACAAUCAUAGUGUGUUUUAUUUUCCUGAGGGGGGAAUAACUUAUAAUGCUGUUUAGUUUUGUACUAUUGGUGUGUUGGUGAAUUUUUAAACUGUGUGCUAACUGCAAUAAAUUAUAUGAACUGAG